AUGUCUGACGGAAGCGGCGUCGGUGCCGUUACCACGCCGCCUCCUUCGAAACGGGGAAGAAAGACUGGCGCAUAUGCCGACGCCGCUGAAGAAGACGAGGACAGCAUUAACUCGUCCGGCAACAACAAGCCGAAUAAACGUGACGGUGGACGUGCCAAGGGUGUCUCACAAAGCAACGGUUCAGCCUUACCCGCGAGUAGGAAGAAGGACGUAGAUUCUAAGGAUCAGAAUGAGAAGGGCACUAGUGGUGACGACGACGAUGUCGACGAAGACGAAGACGACGAAGACGGAGACGAAUACGAAGUUCAACAAAUCAUCGACCAUAUGCUGGACGAGAACGAAGAACCCCGUUUUCGUGUCGUCUGGAAAGGAUAUGAGAGCCCCAGCGAUCACACGUGGGAGCCAGAAGAUAACUUGGCGGAAAAUGCGUCUGAAAUCCUAAGUGAAUAUAUUACGAAAAUCGGCGGCCGACCAAAACUAUUUGAGAAGCCUUCUAAGGGCAAGAAACGCGGACGGCAGCCCGCGAGCGCAAGUCCCACGACCGCUUCGAAACGGCCCAAAAAGAGCGAAGACCACCCAGCAGAUCGUGAAUCGCCUGCAGAAGUACAAAAGGUGUUCAAACCUCCAGCAGGUAGUUGGGAGGAUGAGGUAGUGGACGUGGAGAUGUUCCGGGGAGACGACGGCGAGCUGCGCGUGUUCUUGACAUGGCGGAACGGUAGUAAAUCGCAUCACGCAGCACAGCACGCUUACGUGAGAUGCCCGCAGAGAAUCCUUCGUUUCUACGAAUCGCGUAUCAGCUUCAAGACACCAACGGAAUGA